AUGAUCACACAACGCGGAGGCGACAGUGCAGACUCCAGGAGGCCGUCUGCAGACAUCCGUACGACUAAUCCGCCGCUCUCUCCGGCGCCGUCGUCGCUCUCGCUGUCUACAGGCACUGCGUCGCCGUCGCCGCGGUAUGGCAACCAGCCGUCUCCGUCCCCUCGCUCGCGCACCGCAAGACCAGACAAUUUCCUACCAAAACAUCUAAAUACAUCCUUUGCUUCAUCCCUGACCGAAUCUCCUACCCAGGCACACCCUGAUGCCCAAGACGAUGCGCUCCCCCUGCCGUCUCGAAGCGGUACCGUGGAUGUCUCGCCGGCGGCCUCAGGACGACGCUAUUCACCACAACAAACACUAAAACCGUCCUCAUCCAUGCCAAAUGUACGACAAAAGAGAUAUUCUCCGUUUCAGGUGGAUAAGGCAUCGCCUCGCUCGUCGCCGUUGGGACUCUCGCCCAGUCGGACAAACCAUCACUACUACACACCGGAGCUGCACUUCGACGUGCCGCCUCCUUCACGAACCAGCCUGCAGUCGUCCAUGACAGUGACGUCUAGCAUAGAUCCUGCAAGCGGAACAGAGAGAAGCAGCGUUGCCACAAAGACUAGUUCUACAACCGAGCUGUCACCAAAAAUUUCAGAGGAGGACGAAGAAGACGAAGAAGACCAGGACGAGUCAGGCUGCUACACCGGCGGCGGAAUGAGCGUGGACGAUGCGAUUGACAUGUAUCUAGACGGGUUCGCCGACGAUCCUCCCCCGACCGCGAAGAGGAAAUCAAAGAUACAGCCGGCGCGAACUGACACAGUGCCUGCCAGUGAUAUACCCGCCGGCGCACCACCGGAAACGGCCGAAGCAGGUCCUCCUCCAACGCCAGUCAAGCUCCCCGAGCCUCCGCGCAGUGACUCUCCUCCGAGUACACCGCAGCGGACACUCCCUUCGUCUAUACCCGCUCCGCCCAUGAUCACAGAAGUAACAACAAACGGGGAGCCGCCGGCGCUAUUGACACCUACCAAAACGCGAGACCAAUAUGGCUUCCGCAAGGCGACUACGCACGUGACAAUUGAGCAGUACGACUCCUGGUAUGAAUCGUACUCGGGCUAUCAGAAACUACGGAGUGAAAAGUGGUAUGCGCUGCUGAAGUCGAGUGGCAUCGAGGAAUCUGUCCCUACCACGUUUCCCAUACGGUCCGCAAAGCUGAAAAAGUACAUCAGGAAGGGCAUACCGCCAGAGUGCCGUGGAGCGGCGUGGUUCUGGUAUGCCGGUGGAUAUGAUCAUAUACGUCGGAAUCCGGGCCUCUAUAAGCGUCUGGUGGAAACUGCGCUUCGCAGCCCGAUGAACGACGACAAGGAACACAUUGAGCGGGAUCUCCAUCGAACGUUCCCAGAUAACGUCCACUUCAAGCCCGAUUCGCUCGAGGCGGACUCUUCCAGUGGCAGCAGCAAUCUCAAAUACAGCUCCGCCUCCCCCGACACUCCUAUCAUUCAGUCUCUUCGCCGUGUAUUAUAUGCAUUUUCCCUACAUAAUUCUAAUAUCGGAUAUACCCAGUCCCUCAACUUCAUCGCGGGAUUCCUAAUCCUCUUCUUACCCGAAGAAAAGGCCUUCUGGCUCCUCCACAUCAUCACAUCAUCCUUCUUCCCAGGCACGCACGAGAUCAGCCUCGAAGGCGCCAACGCCGACCUCUGGAUCCUCAUGGUAGCUCUCAAGGAAUCUCUACCCUCCGUGUACACAAAAGUCGUCAGCACCACGCCUACAAACGCCAAAACAAAACCCCCUACCAUAAACACCGCCACCCGCCUUCCCGACAUCACGCUUGGCCUCACAAACUGGCUAAUGUCAAUGUUCAUCAGCACCUUGCCCUUCGAAACCACCCUACGCGUCUGGGACGUGUUAUUCUACGAAGGCUCCCGCACCUUCUUCCGCGUGGCAUUAUCUAUCUUCCGCAUGAGCCAGAAACAGAUCGUUUCCCUGGGUGAUCCCAUGGAGAUCUUCCAGGUAGUGCAGACGGCACCUAAGCGGAUGAUCGACCCCAACGAACUGAUGAUGGAUUGUUUCGCGCGGCGCUUUAAACUCUCGCAGGCCCGCGUCGAGACGUUGCGCGAGGCAAGGAGAAUCGCUAUCCGAGAGGGCAAGGAUCGAAUAUCUUAUUUGGCAGGACCAAGGAAAUUCAAAACCGAUCCUGACGGGCGGCCGAGUACGGGGGCCAAUACCCCUUCGCCUAGUACGUGGAGGAGCUUCAAAAGCUUCAAGCAAUAA